AUGGCUUGGCUAGGACUAGGUUACAUUACAGCUACAGCUAAUGUUAAUACUAAGAUAAAACCUCCAAGAAACAGCUCCAAGACCAGCAGGCGUCAGUUCGCCGCAAUCACACAGAAUCCUCCUUUGUUUACAGCUCAGAUUUCAACUGAUUUCUGGGCCUCUGUGAUUCCAAUUUCGGUUUCUAUUUUCUACAGAGUUUCCUGGGGGAAAAAUGUUGCUGAAUUUCAAGAAUAUGUAGUGGUUUUAGUUGCAUUGGAGCUUGGAAGGCUGUUAAUUAACGAGAUUAACCAGAACCACGAGUCCAAGAUCCCAGAUAAUUUGACUCGAAAUGUGAGUCUAAUUCGGGAGCUCAACAAUAAUUUCAGAAGGGUGGUUGAUCUCUAUGGGGAUCUUUCCAACUCUUUAUCCAAAUCCAUGGAGGGUUCGUCUGAGGCCGAAUCAUCUGGGACAACUAAAUCUGGCGGACUGAAGAGAAUUAGGUCCAGCAAUUGA